CGGUGGCAGUGCAGGGUCGGUUGGACGUUUAUAAAUGGCCUCCCUGCACCCUGCUUGUGCGCGCUCCCUGGGAGCGCGCAGCACUGUGAUUCGGUGCCCGCUGUGUCCUCCGGACACAGUGGAACACCGAUCGUCGGACGGGACCUCUGUGCGAGGUCCUGAUCAUGUGAUCACUGAUUGGCCAAUCAGUGAUCACAUGCAGAAGUAAUAAGCAUUUGUGACAUCAUUUCUUACUAUGUGUUAAAUCUGUGAAUGAUCACAGAGGUCACAUGGUACAAGGAUAUUCACAACAGCCUUGUACCAUGUGACAAGCUGUGACCAAUCACAGUUCACACAGUA